AUGAGUGUGCGAACCCACAUGGUAGAGCAAAGCGCGCUGUGUGAGGACAACAGUAACAGCAGCGGCACCUCCAUACCAUGCGCGCUGUCCCACACCUCCCCAGGCUGGGCCCUUCUAUGCACUCGUGGUUCCAUCCGCGUCCCUGAUAAAUGCUGGGGUGCCGAUCUGCGUUUCCCAGAUGAGGAAAAGGAAACCGGAAAGAAUGGAUCGCCAAAUACGGAAGCAGUUCUGCCGCGGGCCGAGACCUGGCUGCCAGGAGUCCCUGGGGGUACCCCAACCUGGGCCACCAACCUUGAGACAGAGGUUCCCUCAGAUCUAGAGCUGAGUGAGGAGCAGCGGCUGCAGGUCUGCAAGGAGCUGGUGGACCUGCAGAUCAAAACCCAUCGCCUGAAGGAGCAACACGAAGCUGAAAUCUUCGAGCUGAAGAGUGAGGUCCUGUGGCUGGAGAGCCGGGUGCUGGAGCUAGAACUGCACGGAGAGCAGGCAGCCCUAGCAGAACCUAAUCCGGGUCACCGCCAGGCACUGGCACAGGAGCUUGGGCACAAGGCCUGGGGGCAGGGACACUCCGACCACCACAGACUCCAGGUCACCAUGAGCGCAUGGGUGGAAGCUAAACAGGGGUCCAGCAGGGGAACAGUGAGGCUGAGACCGGCUUUUCUGUGCAGGCACAGCCCAAGGACUUCCCGACAGCUGAGAACGAGCAGCAGAAGCUGGGGCAUGGUGGCAGCCCUGGGCUGGCAGCUGCAAGGAGCUCAGGAGGAGGCCAGGACAGCUGGGCAGCAACUGGCUGCACAAACCUUGGUAUUGUCUGCCUGCCGGGGCCAGCUCCACCAGGCUGAAGCAGAGAACGCCCGGCUGCAGCUGCAACUCAAGAAGCUGAACGAGGAGUACGCCAUCCGACUGCAGCACUGCACCCGAGCCGUGGCUGAGUAUGCAGAUGGUGCAGGCCCAAAGCCUGCAUCCACAGCCCUUCGGACAUUCCUGGAAACCACUCUGGAGGACAUUCGGGGGGCACAUCACAGCCGUGAGCAACAGCUGGCCCGGGCUGCUCGCACCUACCGCAAGCGCCUGGCAGAUCUGAGUCAGAGGCACGAGGAGCUGCUGGCUGCCCACAGUGUGCAACAGGUGCUGGUGGAGCCCAACGGGGCACCCAGGAUCCCCAAGGCUACCUCUGGUGCAGCCACCUCAGACAUGGAGCCGCCGCCCCUGCACAUGGUCACCAAAUUCGGCCACCUGAGGGAGGACCAGGCUAGGCUGGAGAAGCAGCUCCAGAAGCUCCAGGCCCAGAAAGAACCCAAUGAAGCCUCUCAGGGGGGCCCAUUAGAGCCACAGGGCCUGGAAGCUGCAUCCUGGGCCCAGAUCCGCCAGAAGCUACAGGACUUCUCCCGUGGCACCCAGGUAGUGGGCAAAACCUGGCCAGAGGCCCUUCCUCACACUGUGCCCAGGCUCAUGGCUUAUGUUCCCUCAUUCCAGGCAGAGCUGGAAAGGGAGAGAGCACAGCUGCUAGUCCGAGCCACGAUGGCUGAGGAGCAACUUUCUGAGCUACAAGAGUAUGUGGACCAGCACCUGGGCAGGUACAAGCAGGAGAUCCUGAGGCUGAGAAAACUGGUGGGUACAGGGAACCCCUGGAAAGCGGGGGCCACACCUCCAGCCAAGCCGCAGCACCCAAGGACUCGCAGUCGUUAGCUGGUCAACAGAUAAACUUGGAGCAGAACUCUUCACAGCCAGCAUGGAGCCCUCCCCACAGCACCCCCUUGGGAGAUCAUUCCACCCAGCUCAACACCCAACAAAAAUCAGGCUGGGGGCUUCCCUGGUGGCGCAGUGGUUGAGAGUCUGCCUGCCAAUGCGGGGGACACAGGUUCGUGCCCUGGUCCAGGAAGAUCCCACAUGCCACAGAGCGGCUGGGCCCGUGAGCCAUGGCCGCUGAGCCUGCGUGUCUGGAGCCUGUGCUCCGCAACGGAAGAGGCCACAACAGUGAGAGGCCCACAUACCG